AUGCCACCAAAGAAGAAGCCUGCUCAAACACCCGCUCAAACACCUGCCCAAACACCCGCUCGGACACCUGCUCGGACAUCUGCUCGGACACCUGCUCGAACACCGCGUCAGCAGAGCAACACAUUGACGCCUACCGAAGUUUACGACGAGGAAGAGAACGACUUUAGCAUCAACGUCCAUGCCAGUCUUAUGGAAGACGACGAGAUCAGCAGCGGAGAUGAAGAUAUCGCAGCCAAUAUCCCACAGGGAUGUGCCGUUAGCGACGACGAUCUACUUGAUGACCUGAGCCCUACCGACAUCGAGGCGCUCGUCCAGCGGCUUCUUCCUGGCAUUUGCCAGCAAGAUGUCCAAGACUUCCUAGCCCAGAUUACUACACACAAUUCGCCGCCCUUUACCAUACCACGCCACGAGCGAGAGCCUAAGAGCUGGCCCUCGACGUACGAAGAGUCGGACCUGUUGUGGGAAGAGGGAGCCAAGGCUGAGCGAGCAAUCAAGCUACCUGUCGGAACCAAUAUGCCGAAGUGGUUGGACACGUCAGAGGAUCAGCUAGCGAUGUUAAUGCUUUACGCGAAGUUGGGACUGCACCUAAAGUCAUUCCGACCGACCGGCGCCCUCCACAUCAACGCUUUCCCGCGUCGCGUCAACAGAAAGACUGUGCCAACAGGCCAAAAGAUUUUGGAGAAGCUUCCGGCUGUCCUACGGAACUACUGGCAGUGUGUCGCGCAAGAAUGGCUGGCAAGAUCGCAGGCAAAGAUCGCCCUACUUGUCGGAGCGGCUGCAGUCACUACCUAUCUGUCAUAUCUAGACGUGAACGAUGUUCAGCACCAGCAAAUAUGGUUGGCUGAUGGCAACAAUGAGUACCAAUCAAGCAAGACACCACCGUGUUGGAUCGAAUACAACAAGGACAACAAUAUCAAACGCAUCGCAUUCUCAGUUCCGCACCCUGAGUAUUUCAACCGUUACCGCGGCACUGUAGUCACCCACACGAUGAGAGCUAAUGCGCUUAAAGAGCGUUUCAUUGAUUACGCGAUGGUGAAGGUCUGGGGUACGGCACACCUGCAAGGCUUUCUUAGCUCGACAAAGUACCGAUUUCAGACCACAACGGGUAUCAUCCUGCGCAUGUCUGAUUUCGAGAACUACGGCGCAGACAACACCACACUUCGCAAGAUUCUCAGUAUCCCCAACUUAAGCAACGCCACCCUUAACGUCCUCCUCACCGGCUACAAGAAGAUAAGCAAAGAGGAGGUUGAAGGGAUCAAGGCGAUGCGGAGGGCCAUGGACGUCGAACUCACGGAGAAGUCAUCAUACUGGGAUGGAGCGGACGUCGUCUCGAAGUACGGCCACCACGCAUUCACGUUCAAAUUGAUCGCAGAGCGGCGGGAGGGGCCGAGGGAAUCUACCAAGCCCAAGACGCAACCCCUUGCAUUAUCGCUGUAUGAAAUUGAAGGACACCCCUUCCUCAAAAGAUAUAACACCACGGUUUCGGACCUUCUCGCGAAGGAAGAUAUCAAAAAGCAGAAAGCGUGCGCGCGGAGGAGGAAGAGGAGAGCAGUUGAGAUGGAGGGUGAGGACAAAGAGAACGCCGAGGACAGCUAUCAAACACCGAACUUGACGCCUUUGAGAAAGAGAGUCGCAAGCAUUUAA